AUGACGGACGACAGAACCGUGGCUGGCGGGGUACUGGCGCAGUGCACGCAGGUGCUGUGUAGGUGCUUGCUGCGUGUGGGGCGAAUUGAGCUCGAGCUCCAUCAAAUCGAUGCCUUUUUGUCCGACUUCAGAGCCAAGCUCCAGCUCCUAGCUCUGGACCUCAUCCAUCAGCAGCUCCAGCACCGUCAGGACCAGCCUCGUACAGCGCAUCAAUUGAACUCUGCUAUUCCGCCUGAAAUACCCCGGUCAUCAGAAAACAAAGACAUCAUGGCUUUCCGAGCCUCUGUCCGCCGCGUGGCCCUCGCCCGCCCCUCGCCCGCCAUCCGCAGCUUCCACACCACGCCCCGCGCCUUUGUCAAGGUCGGCGAUGAACUGCCCGACUUUGAUGGUCUCUUUGAGAACUCCCCCGGCAACAAGGUCAACCUGUCUGAAGAGUUCAAGUCGUCUAACGGGUACAUUGUUGGCGUUCCUGGGGCCUUUACUGGUACCUGUUCGAGCUUACAUAUUCCUUCGUAUAUCAACCACCCGAGGUUGAAGGAGGCAGGUCAGGUGUUUGUUGUUUCUGUCAACGACCCGUUUGUUAUGAAGGCUUGGGCCGAGCAGCUUGAUCCUGCCGGGGAGACUGGCAUUCGCUUCAUUGCCGAUCCAUCGGCGGGAUUCACAACGGCGCUGGACAUUGGGUUUGAUGGCUCCGCUAUCUUUGGAGGCGUGCGUAGCAAGCGGUACGCCUUGAAGAUUGAGAAUGGCAAGGUCUCCAAGACAUUCAUUGAACCUGACGGCACUGGUGCUGACGUUUCUAUGGCAGAAAAGGUUCUUGACUAG